AACCCCGCGGCCGGGGGUUUGGGAACCCGAGCGUGCAACCCUAGAAGGGAAAAGGACCCGCAGAGCCCGAGCUGCGGCUGGGAGAGCGCGGAGGACAGUCCCGGUGUUUGUGUGCGAGCUGGGGCGGGGGCUGGGGCGCAAGGCCGGCAUGGCUGAAGGCUGCGCUCCGCAACCUUGAGGAGCCGCGCGGCUGGAGGCCCGGGACAGGGAGGCGACGCGGAUGGCGGAGCGCGGCCCCGGCAGUUGCUCCGGGCCGGGCCGGCUGGCCUGAGCCGCUGGCGAGCGGGGCUGCCUCGCGCUUCCAUGGAGCAGCGGGAAGGGACCAACUCCGGAGCGCCGCGUCGCUGCGCUGCUGCGGCGGACUGCUGACCGGACCCAGCCCACGCGGGCGGCCGAAGCACAGCGCCUGGCCCCGAGCCCCGCAGGCCGGCUGCCCCGGGGACGGAGGCCGGCAGCCGAGCAGGAGGCGCGGCGGGAGAGGCCGGGGCGGGAGGCGGCAGCAGCAAUGCCGGGCCCGCUGCGGCUGCUCUGCUUCCUCGUCCUGGGGCUGCUCGGCUCGGCCGGGCCCAGCGGCGCGGCGCCGCCUCUGUGCGCUGCGCCCUGCAGUUGCGACGGCGACCGUCGGGUGGACUGCUCCGGGAAGGGGCUGACGGCGGUGCCCGAAGGGCUCAGCGCCUUCACCCAAGCGCUGGAUAUCAGUAUGAACAAUAUUACUCAGUUACCAGAAGAUGCAUUUAAGAACUUUCCCUUUCUGGAGGAGCUACAACUGGCUGGCAACGACCUUUCUUUUAUCCACCCAAAAGCUUUGUCUGGGUUGAAAGAACUCAAAGUCCUAACGCUCCAGAAUAAUCAGUUGAAAACAGUACCCAGUGAAGCCAUUCAUGGACUGAGUGCUUUGCAGUCUUUACGCCUAGAUGCCAACCAUAUUAUCUCAGUCCCCGAGGACAGCUUUGAAGGACUUGUUCAGUUAAGGCAUCUGUGGCUGGAUGACAACAGCUUGACUGAGGUGCCUGUGCGCCCCCUCAGCAACCUGCCAACCUUGCAGGCGCUGACCUUGGCUCUUAACAACAUCUCAAGCAUCCCUGACUUUGCAUUUGCCAACCUUUCAAGCCUGGUGGUUCUGCAUCUUCAUAACAAUAAAAUUAAAAGCCUCAGUCAAAAUUGUUUUGAUGGACUAGAUAACCUGGAAACUUUGGACUUGAAUUAUAAUAACUUGGAGGAAUUUCCUCGGGCUAUUAAAGCCCUUCCGAGCCUAAAAGAGCUGGGAUUUCACAGUAAUUCUAUUUCUGUUAUCCCCGAUGGAGCAUUUGGUGGUAAUCCACUCUUAAGAACUAUACACUUGUAUGAUAAUCCUCUGUCUUUUGUGGGGAACUCAGCAUUUCAUAAUCUAUCUGAUCUGCAUUCCUUAGUCAUACGUGGUGCAAGCAUGGUGCAGUGGUUCCCCAAUCUGACUGGAACUGUCCAUCUGGAAAGCCUGACCUUGACAGGUACAAAGAUAAGCAGCAUACCUGAGAAUUUGUGCCAGAACCAAAAGAUGCUCAGGACUUUGGACCUGUCUUACAACAAUAUAAGAGACCUUCCAAGUUUUAAUGGAUGCCAUGCUCUUGAAGAAAUCUCAUUGCAACGUAAUCAGAUCUACCAAAUAAAGGAAAACACGUUUCGAGGCCUGGCAUCUUUAAGGAUUCUAGAUCUGAGUAGAAACCUGAUCCAUGAUAUUCACAGCAGAGCUUUUGCGAGGCUUGGGCCAAUUACUAACCUGGAUGUAAGUUUCAAUGAAUUAACUUCACUUCCUACGGAAGGCCUGAAUGGGUUAAAUCAACUAAAACUUGUAGGCAACUUCAAGCUGAAAGAAGCCCUAGCAGCAAAAGACUUUGCUAAUCUCAGGUCUUUAUCAGUGCCAUAUGCUUAUCAAUGCUGUGCAUUUUGGGGUUGUGACUCUUAUGCAAAUUUAAACACUGAAGAUAACAACCUCCAAGAUCACAGUGUGACAAAGGAGAAAGGUGCCACUGACACAGCAAAUACCACAAGUAGUUCUGAAAAUGAAGAACACAGCCAAAUAAUUAUCCACUGUACACCCUCAACAGGUGCUUUUAAGCCCUGUGAAUAUUUACUGGGAAGUUGGAUGAUUCGCCUUACCGUGUGGUUCAUUUUCUUGGUUGCUUUGUUUUUCAACCUGCUUGUCAUUUUAACAAUGUUUGCAUCUUAUACAUCGCUGCCUACCUCCAAACUGUUCAUAGGCUUGAUUUCUGUGUCUAAUUUACUCAUGGGCAUCUAUACCGGCAUCCUUACUUUUCUGGAUGCCGUGUCCUGGGGCCGAUUUGCUGAAUUUGGCAUCUGGUGGGAGACUGGCAGUGGCUGCAAAGUCGCUGGGUUUCUAGCAGUCUUCUCCUCAGAAAGUGUCAUAUUUUUAUUAACAUUAGCAGCUGUUGAAAGGAGUUUAUCUGCGAAAGAUAUAAUGAAAAACGGGAAAAGCAAUCAUCUCAAACAGUUCCGAGUUGCUGCCCUCUUAGCUUUUCUGGGUGCUGCAGUAGCAGGCUGCGUCCCCCUUUUCCACAGAGGGGAAUAUUCUGCAUCUCCCUUGUGCUUGCCGUUUCCUACAGGAGAAACACCAUCCUUAGGAUUCACUGUGACCUUAGUGCUGUUAAACUCACUAGCAUUUUUAUUAAUGGCCAUUAUCUAUACUAAACUUUACUGCAACUUGGAGAAAGAGGACCUCUCAGAAAACUUACAGUCUAGCAUGAUUAAGCAUAUUGCUUGGUUAAUUUUCACCAACUGCAUCUUUUUCUGCCCUGUUGCAUUUUUUUCAUUUGCACCAUUGAUCACAGCAAUCUCUAUCAGCCCCGAAAUAAUGAAGUCUGUUACACUGAUAUUUUUCCCCUUGCCUGCUUGCCUGAAUCCAGUCCUAUAUGUUUUCUUCAACCCAAAGUUUAAAGAAGACUGGAAGCUGUUGAAGCGACGUGUUACCAGGAAACAUGGGUCUGUUUCUGUUUCCAUCAGUAGCCAAGGCGGUUGUGUGGAACAGGAUUUCUACUAUGACUGUGGCAUGUACUCACACUUGCAGGGUAACCUCACCAUGUGUGACUGUUGUGAAUCAUUUCUCUUGACAAAACCAGUAUCGUGCAAACACUUAAUAAAAUCACACAGUUGUCCUGCAUUGACAGUGGCUUCUUGCCAAAGACCAGAGGGCUACUGGUCUGAUUGUGGUACACAGUCAGCUCACUCUGACUAUGCCGACGAAGAGGAUUCCUUUGUCUCAGACAGUUCUGACCAGGUGCAGGCCUGUGGACGAGCCUGCUUCUACCAGAGUCGAGGAUUCCCUCUGGUGCGUUAUGCUUAUAAUUUACCAAGAGUUAAAGACUGAACUACUGUGUCUCUCACCAUUUCCCUCAUCAACCAAAGCCACAGUGCUUCAACCGUGGACCUGUCUUUGGACUUCUCAUCUGGGCAGCACUUCUGCAGUCCUUUGUGGUGCCACUUAGAAGAAAAGUGGCAGUGUAUUUCUCAAACCAGACAUUUUUGAAGAACAGGUGCCUAAAUAAUAAAUUGGUAAAAAACAAAAUGUGCAAUGUUCAAUCAAUGUGUGGUUUAUUUGAAAUAAAUGUAACUUGAAGAUUUGAGGUAUGGUAUAACAAUAUAAAAUUAGUGUUUUUCUGAUCCAUAAGAUUCAAAUUUCAAACUUCUGAAUUAAGCACAAAAUAAAGAACAGCUGUUAAUUUUUUUUAAAUUUGGAAUGUGAUUUUAUAUAACUGAGAAAAAUUGUCUUGCUAAUUUUACCUAAUGUUUCAUCAUUAAUCUCUGGACAACUUACUGCAGGGCCAAAAAAGGGAUGUCUCCAAGCUAGAACUGAGAGGGUUCAUGCAGAUAUUACUUUUAUGAUUUUUCUAUUUCCAUCUUUGACAAAAGAAAACCAUAGAUUUUGCUCAAAUGAUUUAUAAAUCUAAAAACCUGAAGGUGUUUUAAAAACAAUAUUAACAGCUGUUAAUUUUUUUUUAAAAAUAACACAUUUGUUUUUGGUCAUUACACAUUGCUUUGGUGAAAUCACAAUAAUUUUUUGCUCAGUGUUUUUCAAUCACACUACUAGGAAAAAGCAAAAGACUAAUGAUAUGUGGGUUAGUAGAGGUGGCUAAACUAAUAUGGAGAUUUAAAUAGUACCUGAGGAACAUGAUGACUCCAUGUAAUGUUCCCAUUAAUAAACACUUCCUAAUAUCACUGGCUGCACUGACAUUUUCCAGUGUCAUUGACACGUCAUCUAUAGUUUGGAUUAUACUGGAAGUAAACUGGUAUAAUUUUAGGUAAUUGGAAGAAACAAGUAGUAACCAUGACACAAAGCACUUGUAUGCAUUUUCCUUAUCCUGUGAUUAAAAAAAAACUAUUCAAUAACUCAGAUGCUAUACUCUGGCUAGACAAGACAAAUACACCAUUUAGAGUGGGAGGACUGAAGCUUGUCCUUGUCUUUAAAAUUUUUAGUGUACUUGAUUCUUACCUAUAGGCUUCUGAUGUGUUACUAUGUGGAGUCUUAACAAUGUGUUUAGUCAGUAGCAAACCCACUGCCAUCUUAGUUAUGCUGGUUAAACAAAAAAUUAAGCUAGAUUGUAGUUUAAUAAACUGUACAUACUGUGCAUAUAAUGAAUUUUUAUCUUAUGUAAAUUAUUUUUAGAACACAAGUUGGGAAACGUGGCUUCUGUUCAUUUCGUUUAAUUAAAGCUACCUCCUAAACUGUAGUGGCUGCCAGUAGUAGGAUGUUAAAUUGUGGUUUAUAUACAUGUUUUGUUUUGUUUUUGUUUUUUUUUUUGCAUUGUAAAUAGUCUUGGUUGUACAUUGUCAGUGUAAUAAAAACAGAAUCUUUGUAUAUCAAAAUCAUGUUGUUUGUAUAAAAUGUGGGAGGGAUUUAUUUACAGUGUGUUGUAAUUUUGCAAGGCAAACUAUUUACAACUUUUUAAAAAUUGCUAUUAUGUUUGUAUAUUUACACAUCUGAUAAAUAUUAAAUCAUAACUUGGUAAGAAAAUCCUAAUUAAAGGUUUUUUUUACUAAAAUUCAAGUUAUUGAAAAGUUUUCAUUUCAUUCAUUUGAAAAUAGAAUUGUAAAUAUAAAAUAUGUGGUAAACUGUGCUAUAUAUGUACUAUGAAAUAUAACAUUGUACUCAGUGUUUUGAAAUAUUAAAAGUU